AUGGAAUCAUCAUCUACUUCAACUAAGAUAAGCUCGUCACAAACGACAAGGCAAAAAGAAGACGUUUUUCCAAUGGAUUACUCCGUCGAGGAAACUUCUGUCGCUGCUGCCGCCUUGCUCAUUAUAAUAAUUUUAUGUUUAAUGGGAAAUACUGUGAUUUGCUACGUAUUCUUUUGGAAUAGACGAAUGUGGACUGAGAUGAACAUGUUUUUGGUAAAUCUUGCUAUUGGAGACAUCGCCAUGAGUUUAUUAUCGAUGACAACUCCAUUGCAAACAGCUAUCUCUGGGAAAUGGAAAUAUGGUGUUGGACCUGUCUGUCAGGUCAACGCUUUCUUUAACUCGGUUUUAUUCUGCAAUACAGUAUUUACUCACACUGCGAUCUCAAUAGACAGAUUUUUUGCUGUGGUGAAACCAAUGAGAAAGGUAAUGACCAGGAAAAAAGCCUUGUCUACAAUACUGGGGGUAUGGGUACUAUCGGUUGUUAUAUCACUAGGACCUCUGUUUGGCUGGGGCAAAAAUGACUACAACGCAUCCACUUUACAAUGCGGAUUUGACUUCCCAGAAAACUUGAAAGAAAACUUGUAUAUAUUAUGCCUUGCAUUUGUCGCCUUUCUGUUACCCAUCGUAAUAAUGAGUUAUGUGUAUGUGAGAAUAUAUUUGGUCGUGCGACGUCAUACAAAAAGAUUAUCGACAACAGUAUUUGGCAAUAGCCAGGAAGUUGCCAUUAAAAAACAGCGGAGAACUGUCUUGACUUUUUUCCUUGCUUUGAUGGUGUUUGUUAUUUGCUGGACACCUUUUUUUGUGUUCAUUGCAGUUGCUGUUUCAGUUCAGUCUCGUGAUGAAUUACCACAUGGUUUAGGAAUAGCGGCUUACUGGUGUGGUUUUUUAAACUCGGCUGUAAAUCCUUACUUGAUUGGUCUCAGAAGUGAAAAAUUCCACGAAGCCUUUAAACGUUUAUUUUGCUGUAAUUUUAAGGCCGCAAGUCACGAGAAUGAAGCAAGGUAUUAUUCAACUAAUCAAACAGUCAAUACUGGAACUGCAAAACAUGUCAUAAAAGAACAGAUCACUUCGCAUCGAAAUGGCCAUGAUUCCUUGGACCAUGUUAAUUCCGCAUUCGUAAACUUAAGCCUGUGCCAUGAUAAUGAUGAAACAGAUUCCGCUCCUCUUCGACAACCAUCAAAGGAUGUUGUUAUACAAAGAUCAAGAAAACAAGGCCAUCAUAAUGAUGCAGUGGCUUAUCCACAUUUUAUUCACAUGGUUCAUGGCAAAUUGUGGAGCGAGGCUACUGUCUGA